AAGGAAAACCCACACAUUUUCUCAUAUUUUUCCUUCUUUUUUCUUUCUUUUUUCUUUCCCUUACACUUCUCAACUAUCAAAAACACAAGGUGGUGUUUUUGUUUGUGUAUUGUUGUUGUUGUGAUCGUGAGGGGAUCGGUGAAAUGGGGGACAAGCACGAAGACGACAGCAGCGAUUUCACGUCCGAGGACGAAGGCACCGAGGAUUACCGACGUGGCGGUUACCACGCCGUUCGAAUCGGCGACACCUUCAACGGUGGUCGCUACAUCGUUCAGAGCAAGCUCGGUUGGGGCCAUUUCUCCACUGUCUGGCUCGCUUGGGACACCCAACAUUCUAGAUAUGUGGCUUUGAAAGUUCAAAAGAGUGCUCAGCAUUACACUGAGGCAGCUAUGGAUGAGAUAACGAUUUUGCAACAGAUUGCAGAGGGAGACCCGGAUGAUAAAAAAUGUGUGGUGAAGCUUUUGGACCAUUUCAAGCAUUCUGGUCCAAAUGGACAGCAUGUUUGCAUGGUAUUUGAAUACCUUGGGGAUAAUCUUUUAACUCUUAUUAAGUAUUCUGAUUAUCGCGGAAUGCCUAUCAACAUGGUUAAAGAGAUAUGCUUUCAUGUUCUGGUUGGAUUGGAUUACUUGCAUAAGCAGCUUUCUAUCAUACAUACUGACUUGAAACCCGAAAACAUCCUCCUCUUGUCGGUGAUAGAUCCAUCUAAGGAUCCUAGAAAGUCCGGUGCUUCUCUUAUUCUUCCUAAUACUAAAGAUAAGACGGUACUGGAGUCAGGGGCUGCGAAAGACACGAAAGCAUCGAAUGGAGAUUUGAUUACGAAUCAUAAAAAAAAGAUUAAAAGAAAAGCGAAGCAGGCAGCUAGUGGAUGCUUUGAGAAGGAAGCUUCUGAAGGAGUUAAAGGUUAUCCUGAAACCUCUGGUGCUGUGGAAUCUUCUCCAAAUGCAAGUUCUGCAAGAGAACAAGCUUCUAGUUCCGCGGGCACUAGUAGGUUAUCAGAUGCUGAUGGAACAAAGUUAAAAGAGCAGGGUAACAAAAGAGGAAGCCGCUCAAUGAGACAGAAGCUGCUGGCAUCAAUUGAUCUCAAGUGCAAGUUAGUUGACUUUGGAAAUGCUUGCUGGACUUAUAAGCAGUUUACAAAUGAUAUCCAAACAAGACAAUAUCGGUGCCCAGAGGUGAUCCUUGGAUCAAAAUAUUCCAUAUCUGCAGAUCUUUGGUCCUUUGCUUGCAUUUGUUUUGAGCUUGCAACUGGAGAUGUGUUAUUUGAUCCUCACAGUGGUGAUAACUUUGACAGGGAUGAGGACCAUUUAGCAUUAAUGAUGGAACUUCUUGGAAUGAUGCCACGUAAGAUUGCACUAGGGGGCCGAUAUUCCCGUGAUUUCUUCAAUAGAUAUGGUGAUUUGAGGCACAUCCGACGGUUGCGAUUCUGGCCCUUGAAUAAAGUCCUCAUGGAGAAGUAUGAUUUCAGUGAGAAAGAUGCAAAUGACAUGACUGACUUUUUGGUUCCUAUCCUUGACUUUGUUCCUGAGAAACGGCCUACGGCUGGUCAGUGCCUUCUUCAUCCAUGGAUCGAUGCAGGUCCACGCCUUUUGGAGCCAUCUGUGCCUUCUUCUACUCACAACCCUGCUGCUGAAACUGGUAUUUCGGACCAGAAGAAAAGGGACAAAGAUGAUAGGGAGGCCAUGGAGGCAGGAAUGGGAAAUAUUGCUAUCAAUUCAGAUUCUAAACCACUCAUAUAUUCUCCAUCUAAGAAGGCCUUCCAAGGCAGCCACAAGUAGUUCAUCUAUCUAGAGAUCUUUCCUGUGUGACUGUUUUCAUGUUCUGAGAGUGCCAUUGCAGCGUUUCUCUCAUUCAAUGAUGUCCGUUGGGAAUUGUUCUUGGGAUUGGAACUACUAGAUCGGAUGGAGUUGCACUUGUUCGAUGCUAGGUACCGGCUAAUCCCUUCAAGUCUUUGGCAUAGCAUCAACAUCUUAAGCAAGGAUAUUCCGUGAGCUCUCACUAUUAAGAAUACCAUUAUGAUAUGGCCCGUGCCUUCUUUCUCAUGCUUAUGAUAAGUUCAGGGUGAUGGUUUUCGUUCCAUGUUACCAUUGACUUGUUUGUGAACAGUGUUCAUUAUCAUGUCCUCUUCUGCUGAAUGA